AAAUUUAAAUAAAGUAAAUUUCUUUUUAAAGACAAUUUAGUUUGCUAUUUACUCGAAUACCGAUCAGUACAAUUUUGAUACCUCGAGUUCGCGGUUGUGCAUAAAAUAAAAAUUUUAUAUAUUCGUUAACUUUAUCCCUUUGUGAAAUUUAAUCCUGUUAAAGUAAUAGAUUAUAUCAUAAACUUACUAAAAUGGCUGACAGUUCUAAUUACUUAAAUUAUACUAAUGAUUUAAAUAAUCUCUCCGAAGUUCACGAUCCUGUUUAUUUGGAUGCAUAUCGCCGAUCUCUUUUAAAUCCUACAGAUUUUUGGGGUCAACAAAGUCAAUUAAUUGAUUGGGAUCGUCCCUGGGAUUGUGUCUUGGAUAACAGUAAUCCACCUUUUACCAAAUGGUUUGUAGGGGGUUAUGUCAACGCUUGUUACAAUGCUAUUGAUCGUCAUGUUUUGAAUGGUAAUGGAGAUAAAGUUGCUCUCAUACACGAUAGUCCAUUAACUCAGACUGUUAGGCAUGUAACAUAUCAAGAACUUUAUGACCAGAUAACAUUACUUGCUGGUGGAAUGGCAAAUUUAGGUGUCACAAAAGGUGAUCGCGUUGUUAUAUAUAUGCCCUUAAUACCCGAAGCUAUAAUGGCUAUGUUGGCAACCGCACGACUUGGUGCCGUACAUUCUGUUGUUUUUGGUGGCUUCGCUGCAAGCGAGCUCUGUGUUCGUAUUGAGCAUGCUAGGCCAAAAAUAAUAAUCGCAGCAAAUUGUGGAGUUGAGCCGGGAAAGAUUAUACCAUAUUUAAAUAUAUUACAUGAAGCUGUUGAUAUGUCGACCAAGAAACCACUAUGCAACAUAAUAUUUCAACGUGAAAAUGUACCUCCUACGUCAAUAAAUCCAAAAACUGAUAUUUCUUGGUCAGUAGUAUUAAAUUUAGCUGAGCCUAUUGAUUGCGUGCCAGUAGAAGCAAAUGAUCCUUUAUAUAUAUUAUACACAUCAGGUACUACAGAUAAACCAAAGGGCGUACAGCGGCCAGUUGGGGGGCAUUUAGUUGCUUUGAUGUAUACAAUGAAAAUGCUUUAUGGUAUGAAAACCGACGAUGUUUGGUGGUCGGCUUCUGAUCUUGGCUGGGUUGUUGGACAUUCAUACAUAUGUUACGGUCCACUCUUAUAUGGUAUUACAAGUGUCAUGUACGAAGGAAAGCCAGACCGUACACCAGAUCCAGCUCAAUAUUUCAGAAUUAUUGAGCAACAUAAAGUGAAUUCAUUAUUUUCUGUACCAACUGCAUUUCGAGUUCUACGACGUGCUGAUCCAGAUAUAAAAUAUGGACGGAAAUACUGUUUACAAUCUUUACGCUCAAUAUUUAUUGCCGGUGAACAUUGUGAUAGUGAAACCAAAAAUUGGAUUGAACGUAUCUUUAAGGUGCCUGUAUUAAACAAUUGGUGGCAAACCGAAACUGGUUCAGCAAUAACCGCAACCUGUAUUGGUUUUGGACAUAGUCUUAAUCCACCUAAAUUUACGACUGGCCUACCGCUUGUUGGCUAUAAUAUAAAAAUUGUCGAAGCGGACGGUAGCGAAUGUGAGCCAUUAAAACUAGGCCGAAUUGUUAUAAAACUACCUUUGCCACCGGGAAAUAUGUCAACCUUGUACAGAAAUGAUGAACUGUUUAAAAGACUUUACUUUCAAAAAUAUCCCGGUUAUUAUGAUACUAUGGAUGCUGGUUAUAAGGAUGAAAAUGGUUACAUAUUUGUGACAGCUCGUGAUGAUGAUGUUAUAAAUGUAGCCGGUCAUCGCAUAUCAACAUCAAGUCUUGAAGAUGCGGUAUUACGACAUAUAGGAGUUGCAGAUGUUGCUGUCUUUGGUGUACCCGAACCGACGAAGGGUCAAGUACCGCUUUGUUUAUAUGUUAAGAAGUCUUCAUGUAGUAAAAAUGAUGCAAAAUUAUCAGGUGAAAUAAUCAAACUGAUACGUAAUGUUGUGGGCCCAAUUGCAUCAUUUCGGUUAAUUGCCGCAGUAGAUGCACUACCAAGAACAAGAUCAGGAAAGACAAUGCGCAAAGCUAUGGCUGAUUUUGCUAAAAAUGAGCUAGUUACACUACCAGCAACUAUAGAAGAUCCAAGUGUAUUUGUAGGUAUACGAACAGCGCUUCAGAGCCUGGGACAUGCUAUGAACACACCAGAUCCAGUUGUUACAACAAAUAAUUAAUUGAAUUUCUUAAGAAAAUGUUAUACUAUUUUAAACGGAUGAAUGUAAUUUUAAUUUUU